AUGGUUGCAAAUUGCUUCUCUUGCAAUGCAAUCGUAAGUAAAGGCAUAAAUAUAUUUGAAGAUGAUUGUCCUCUUCAGUCAAGAAGUAAAAUCAGUGAAACACUGAGUGAAAUUGUUGAGAAACAAUUAAAUAAAAGCAGCUGUCAUAGUGAAAUUUUAUGUAGAACAUGUUACGCCACUGUCAGUGAAUUUGACUCAUUAAAGAUAAGAUUACAGGUACUGAAAAAUAGCUUUAUAGAAGAUUGGAAGAAAACAUUACGACUAAACAAUAUCAACUAUGAUACAUAUGGUACGUCUCCCGUCAAGCAUGCAGCGAAGAAGAUUGUGUUGCCAGCUUCAAAGUUACAACCGGUUCCAGCCAAUUUUCUUCUGGAUAUCGGUAAAAAUGUUACGGUAUCGAGGCCGCAGUUGACACUGUCCAAUGUUGCAUCUUUGGGCAUGCCACAAGCAAUCCUUAAGCCUAUAGUAUCAAAACCGUCUGUUAAUUUAAGAGUAACUGUCGGUUCAACGGUUCUUACACAAAGCUUAUCGAGCUCAGCGAUGCCAACGAGCCAACCGAAACUAACACUCUCCAAUACAAAUACGAUAACGUCCCCUUUAAAGACGGAUUUCACUAUAAGCGAUAAGAUUAUUUCAUCUCUAGUGACACCAAACAGAAUGGCACCAAAGAAGAAGCCGGUCUUAAGUUUCAAUGUCAACUCUUUGCCAAAGGAUUUGCUGUCUUCUACUGUCGGUAAAGGUAUUAAAGUUGAACAAGAAAAUAAUGGUGACCAGGAAAUGGAGAUUGAUGAAGAUUGCACAUUGGCAGUGGCUGUUGCCACAAAUGACAAUGGUAAACUUGUGUUCGAGUCGAGUCCUUUAAAGAACAAAACGAUCGACUUGAAAUCCAAAUCAAACUUUUUCGAUGUUGGCCUAUUGCUAUCACAAGAUGGUGUUAAAGAUAGUGAGAAGGAUGGAACUUAUAUAUUGGAUAAGUUAAAAAUACUGAAUGAGGGGGGCGAUGAUGAGGAAGAUGAUACGAUAGUGAUGGAAGAGGGCGAGAGAACUACAAUCAUACGCAUGGGAGCCGGUCAGAGGGUCCUCUACGAUGGUAAAAAAAUAUCACUGGUGGAAAAAUGUGAUAAUGACGUCAACGAAAAUGUGGACAGUCUAGAUUCCAACGAUGACUCGUCACAAAUAGAGUUACAGGUGUCAGGCGACGAGGAAAUAGCGAACGCUCUCAUUACCGCUGCGCAACAUGAAGGAGGCGCUUUCAUCAAAGUAGAUUCUGGUGAGAUGUACCGCGUGGAGUCAAUAAAAAGAAGCCAAGUAGAAGACGAUAAUGAUACAGCGAAUCUUCAGAACAUCGUUGAGCGAGAAAAUGACAGAGAAAAUAUUUACAAAUGCUUACUCUGUGAACGCAAUGUAAAUAAAGAAGAAGUCGUUAAAGGUGAUCCUUCUAGUAUAAUGGCUCAUUUGAAGAAUGAACAUAACGCACGUGCAUACAUAUGCCCCGUGUGUGGAGUGGUUAUAAGGAAACGGACAGAAUACUCUGUACAUGUUGAGAAACACGCUUCUGAAAAUAGAUCGAUGUUGAGCAAAUCUAAACUACACGAGUGUACAGAAUGCGGAAAGAAAUAUAACUCACGGACCAUACUCAAUGAACAUAUGAAUGUGCACUAUGGCACAAGACCUUACACUUGUGCAGUUUGCGAGAAGACUUUCGCAUCUAAAUAUACGCAUCAAGCUCACCUCAAAACGCAUUCGAUGCGACCUCGUCCGUUUAAGUGCGAACAGUGUAACAAGACUUUCUUCACGCAACAGAAUCUCAAUCAACACGAGAAAACACAUUCCGGCCUCAAGGAGUUCAUCUGCAAAGUAUGCAAUAAAGCUUUCGCAACUCAACACAACCUCGAGGUCCACGGGGUGAUACAUUCUGGCCGGAGACCUUAUUCAUGUAACGACUGCAGUAAGGCAUUCGCGAGACGAGCGGAACUGAGGGACCAUAUCAGAACGCAUACCGGUGAACGUCCGUUCGCUUGCGAUAUAUGCGGGGCUACAUUCACGCAGCGAUCUAAUCUGCAUUCACAUAAACGCGCCACCCAUCUCGACGACAAACGUUAUGAAUGCCAACAGUGCCCCAAACGGUUUAAGCGGCGAAGAUUAUUAGAUUACCAUGUGAAGGCCGCCCAUACAGGUGAACGUCCACUGCAGUGCGAGAUAUGUAAAGCGACAUUCGUAUAUCCGGAACAUUAUAAGAAACACGCCAGGAUCCACAGCGGCGAGAAGCCUUACCAUUGUGAGGUGUGCGGUAAAUCGUUCAAUUCCCGCGACAAUCGCAACAUGCACAGAUUCGUGCACAGCGACAAGAAACCUUACGAGUGUCUCACGUGCGGCGCCGGUUAUAUGAGGAAACAACUGCUGUACUCGCACAUGCACAGCACGGGACAUGUGGCUGAAUCGAUAGUGGUGAAUCAACCGAGGGUUAUAAAAACAAUUGAGAAUGGGAUCAACGCUCCACUGGUAGACGUUCACGCGAUAGAAUUAAAGACUGAUAAAUUUCCAGACGAGAUAUUGGCAACCACAGAAGAGUUAGAUUCAGACGAUAACCAAGUGGACACUACAGAUGAUCUGAAUGGAUUAAUAGAAACAUCAACGGAGGACAGAUCAAAUGAUCAAGCGCAGUUAAUUACGACCGACCAGAAAGGCGGCACGAUGCGUCUCAUACAAAUACAACUGCCUGAUGGCAAUACCGGCUGGGUUGCCAUUAAUCAAUAA